CACUUGAACCCACUGAUGAGUUUAGACUUCCUCCACUCUACAGACUCCGCUAAAGCACAGUUUGCUGUCAGAAGAUAGCAGCUGAAAUGAAAACUCAUCUGAAUUUCUUAUCCUUAACUAUGAAAAAGCAAGAGUCACCGACGAUUUCCACUCUUCUUGUGCUUUCCCUCUUCAUCUUUCUAUCUACAAUUGAAGUUGAAGCAAGAGUUCUCCAACAAAUUUGCUCUUCCUCGUGUGGUGAUCUCACCAACAUCACUUACCCAUUUCGCCUAACCACCGAUCCAGUCAAGUGUGGAGAUCCAGACUAUCAAAUUUCUUGCCAGGACAACAAACCCAUUUUGGAAUUUCACUCAGGGAAGUAUUUCGUCAAGCAAAUUUCCUAUGACAGGCAUAUAAUCCGACUGGUUGAUAUUAACUUAGCCAAUGGUAGCUGCAACCUGCCGUACAAGUCAGUAUCAAUUAAUGAGGUAAAGUAUGAUAGUCGCUAUAGGGGAUUGGUAUCUAGUACGUUUGCCAGUUUCUUCAGAUGUUCAAGCGAGAUCAAUGAUCCAGCUUAUAGGAAAGUUCCUUGUUUGAGCGGAAAUGGUUCUCAUUUUUAUGUUAGUUAUGGCACAUAUAUAAUAUCUGAUCUUCAAGGUUACUGUUCCUUCACUUCGAGGGUUCCCACAAUUUACCAGGCUGUAUGGUACCCUUCUUAUGAAAGUAUCUUGGAAUUGAUGGCGUUAGGGUUUGAUCUUGAAUGGUCUGUUGAGUGCCGGGAUUGCAUUGCAGACGGUGGUUCCUGCAGUUUGAGCUCAUUGGGUACACCAAAUAUCUAUGAAUGCCACUUUUCAGGCAUACAUGUACCCCCUCUGGUUUCAAGUAUCAUUUAUGCUAUUUGGGAUAUUUUGUUAGGCAUAAAUCUGAUUGCGAGAUUCAUCCUUGCUCCAAUAGUUAUAGUUGGAUUCCUAAUUUACAGACACAGAACAGCAAAGAAGGCUGAAGAUAACAAGGAGAACUUUCUACCGAGUCAACGAUCCUUGAUGCCCAGAAGGUACUCUUACUCUGAUUUGAUUGCAAUUACAGACAAUUUCAAAGAUAAAUUAGGCCAAGGUGGCUUUGGGACAGUGUACAAAGGACAACUUCCUGAUGGCUUUUCAGUUGCUGUUAAAAUGCUCGGCAACUCCAAGUGCAGUGAUGUAGACUUCAUUAAUGAAGUCUUCACAAUUGGUAAAAUUCAUCAUGCUCAUGUAAUACAGUUGGUGGGAUUCUGUUGCGAUGGAUCUUAUCGUGCUCUUCUCUUUGAGUAUAUGGUUAAUAGGUCUCUUGAUAAGUACAUAUUUGCUGGAGAAACAGAACUUCAGCCAUUGAGUUGGGAGAGACUUCUUCGAAUUGCUGUAGGGACAGCACAAGGAAUUGAGCACCUACAUACAGGAUGUGAUGUGUGCAUUCUUCAUUUUGAUAUCAAGCCUCAUAAUGUCCUGCUUGACCAUAACUUCAUCCCUAAAGUUUCCGAUUUUGGUCUUGCAAAAUUUUACCCCAAAGAAUAUGAUUUUGUGUUGGUCAGUACUGCAAGAGGAACUAUGGGGUACAUUGCUCCUGAGUUGAUGUCAAACAACCUUGGAGCUGUUUCUUGCAAAUCAGAUGUCUAUAGUUUUGGAAUGUUAUUGUUGGAAAUGGCUCGAGGAAGAAGGAACACUGAUGCAAAGGGAAAUAGUUCAAGCAAAGUAUAUUUCCCAUCGUGGGUUUAUGACCGUCUAAACGGGGAAGGAGAUUUAGAGCUUGACAAUGUUAGUGAGACCGAGGCUGCAAUAGCAAAAAAAUUAUGUGUAGUCGGGUUAUGGUGCAUCCAAGAGAAUGCAUCUGAUCGGCCAUUGAUGGCCAAAGUUGUGGAAAUGUUAAGUAGUAGCAUUGAUGAUAUGCAACUGCCUCCUAGUCCUUUGUCUUUCCCUGAUCACAUUGCUGUGGAAGAGCCUCAAUCAGAUUCUUCGACAGAGUUGCUGAUAUCUGAAACAGUGGAGCACAGCGUGUAGAAUAACAGUUGUUAUCUACAGAAGAUAAUGAGAAGGGGAAGGGCAAAUAAUAAGUAACUGUUAAAUAAUUUUAAGCCACUGCAUAUAGAUGAAUUUCUAAUGUGUUUAUCUCUUCUUGUUAUUUGAUAACUUCCAAAAGGUCCAAAUCCUUUAGCUCCGCCAGGUCCUGUAUUUUUGCUGCUGAAAAAGCUCUCAGUAAAAGUUUCAGACAACUUGAAUGUCCUCAUCUUUACAUGCAACAGAUAAAUCUCUGUUUUUGCCAAUCUUUCAAAGCAAAAUAGAAUAUCGUGCUGAGAGUUUGCUUCUUGACAUGCAUAUCCAUUUUGUGUACUCGUGUCCUGUGUCUGUAUUUGCACACCAAAGCUCUUUUUACCAAGUGUUCAUGGAAUUGCCUCAACAGUUGGCUUCCAAGAACUGGGAUUAAGGUAGCCUUUUACUUGAGAAGAGAUUGUAAGAAACAGAAUUAGAAUAAAAAAUGGAUCAGACUGUUUUCUUUUUCA